AUGACUACAGGAGACUUCUAUAGCAAACUCAGUUCCAUACUGGCUGGAUACAUCCUCUACGUGCUGGAAGUUCUGAGUGAUGAGGGUCGGGAGUGGACCCUGGAAGUGGAGAAGCUGAGCCCAGAAGGGAAGAGCUCCCUGCUCAGCUCCCUCAGCAAACUCUUAGGGAAGAAAAAGGAGCUAGAAGACCUGGAGCUCACGCUUGAAGGAGCUCUAGACAAAGGACAUGAAGUAACCCUGGAGGCACUCCCAAAAGGUGUCCUACUCUCAAAGGAGGCUAUGGGUGCUGUCCUCUAUUUCCUUGGAGCUCUAACAGAGCUAAGUGAAGCCCAACAGAAGCUGCUGGUACAAUCCAUGGAGAAAAAGAUCUUACUUUUGCAGCUAAAGCUGGUGGAGAGCACAAUGGAACAGAAUUUCCUCCAGGAUAAAGAGGGUGUUUUCCCCCUGCAGCCUUAGCUGCUUUCCUCUCUUGGGGAAGAGGAGCUGACCCUCACAGAGGCCCUAGUGGGGCUGAGUGGCCUGGAAGUGCAGAGAUCGGGCCCCCAGGACACAUGGGACGCAGACACCCUUCCCCGCCUCUGUGGUUACGCUGGCCUCUCCCUCCUGCAGCUACUGACCAAGGCGUCCUAA